AGUACAGUACCGUGCUUCUUCCUACAUUAUCCUCUGCCCGCUUGCCGCAGCAUCAGUUCCUCACUUAGCCGGGUCAGAGGACUGAUCUCUCCAUCCUCACUGACACAGCUGUAUUCAUAUCCAUGUGACCUGCUGCUGCCAUUCUACAUGCUGACCACAGCUUACCUAUGAGAUACACUGAUAGCCUUGCUAAAGGCACUCGUACACUGGAGAGAUGAAUGAAAGCCUCAAUGACAACGACACCAGCUUCUCUCUUCCCUGGAUCCAGACCAGAGAUGUCAACGCUUCCCUGGAACUGUCUGCUUUCUUCUCCGUGUUCACUAUCAAUCCGUGGGAUAUUAUGCUUUGUAUCUCAGGAACAAUCAUCGCAUGUGAGAAUGCGAUAGUAGUGGCCAUCAUCUUCUACACACCAACGCUGAGAACCCCUAUGUUCGUGUUGAUUGGAAGCCUUGCUACAGCAGACCUCCUAGCUGGGUUUGGUUUAAUCCUAAAUUUUGUUUUUCAAUACGUAAUUCAAUCAGAGACUAUUAGUCUUAUUACCGUGGGUUUCCUGGUAGCUUCAUUCACUGCUUCUGUGAGCAGUUUAUUAGCAAUCACAGUGGACCGUUACCUCUCAUUGUACAAUGCACUUACUUAUUCUUCAGAGAAGACUAUCCUCUGGAUACAUCUCAUGCUGGUUGUCACCUGGGGGGUGUCAAUAUGUCUAGGACUUCUUCCAGUGCUGGGCUGGAACUGUCUAGAUGACAUAUCUUCAUGUAGCAUUGUCAGACCACUGACAAAAAGUAAUGUAACUUUGUUAUCAGCCUCAUUCUUUUUUAUCUUUGUUCUGAUGCUGCAUCUUUACAUAAAGAUCUGCAAAAUAGUUUGCAGACAUGCUCACCAGAUAGCAUUACAACAACAUUUUUUAACAGCAUCCCAUUAUGUAGCUACCAAAAAAGGAGUCUCUACUUUGGCCAUCAUACUUGGGACUUUUGGGGCCAGUUGGUUGCCUUUUGCUAUUUAUUGUGUGGUGGGAGACCAUGACUAUCCCUCAGUGUACACUUAUGCCACUCUCUUACCUGCCACUUACAACUCAAUGAUCAAUCCUAUCAUUUAUGCCUACAGAAAUCAAGAAAUACAGAGAUCCAUGUGGGUUCUCUUCUGUGGCUGCUUUCAAUCCAAAGUGUCCUUUCGCUCCAGAUCACCGAGUGAUGUUUAAGAAGAGACUUUCCUACUAUACAAAAGCACUAAACAAGUGACAGUCUGGUGAAUUAAUAGUGCCUGUGACGGACAACUAGAUAUGUGUCAUGUAAUUGUCAGUGAGAGACUUUGAAACAUAGCACUUUAAAUACAUGUAUACAGUAUAUCUCUGGGAAUGGUCCAUCCUGAGUAUGCGGUGCUCUUGUGUCUCUGAACAAUGUGGAUGUGUACUACAAAAUGUGUAUGACACAUGUGAAGUGAAUACAUUUCCAAAAUGCUUCAAUAUUGCACUUUAUAUUGAGCUGCUGUACUGCCAAAACAGUGUUGCAAAAAUGUUUUAUGUGAGAAUAUAUUUUGCGACCAAUGUUG